UGCCAUUGGGAGAAGCGGCUGCGGUGUAUGAGAGAGGACACCAUGCCUCAGCCACCUCCGCCCUGAGCUCCUCUUACCCGCCGUCUCCUCUUCCUCCCGCCGUCCUCGAGGCCCCGUGAUUGUAUAACAUGCACACCGUUGGUCCCAGGGGAAGUUCUCCUUCCUUCCUUCAGGCACAGAAUGGAAGCAGCUACAAAUCUGGUUACGUCCCAGGAAGAGUUGUCCCACUUCGUCCUCCACCACCUCCAAAUAAUCAAGCUUCAGCCAAAUUUUCCUGUGCAAGACAGGAAGCUCGUGCCACAGUAGCCUCUCCAGGAGAUCGACAACGCUAUCAAGCGGAAGCAAGCAGAAAGAAUAGGCACAAAAAUACAUUUAUUUGCUUUGCCAUGUCCAGCUUUUCAUUUUUUAUUGCACUUGGAAUUAUUUUGGGCAUAGCAUCAAAGUAUGCUCCUGAUGAGAAUUGUCCAGAUCAAAAUCCACGCCUUAAAAACUGGAAUCCAGGACAUGAUAGAGAAAAGAGAAUCGUAGUCCAAAAAGGAGAUCUCUUCCGUCUGAAUGUGGAUGCCACUGUGCAUUCCAUAGUUAUACAGGAUGGAGGAUUACUUGUCUUUGGGGAUGAUGAAAAUGGAUCUAAACAUAUUACCCUGAAAACACGUUUUAUCCUGAUAAAGGAUGGUGGAAUGCUUCAUAUUGGAGCAGAAAAAUGUCGCUAUAAGUCCAAAGCAACUAUAAUCUUAUACGGCAAAUUAAACGAAGGUGAUUAUGUGCCAACAUUUGGUGAAAAAUUUGUGGGCGUGGGCCCUGGUGGAACACUGGAAUUGCAUGGCUCUCAGAAAUUAUCAUGGACUUCCUUGUCAAAGACUCUGUAUUCUUCAGGGCUGGCCUCUGGAUCCUACACAUUUGAAAAUGAGUUUUUCCGAGCUCUGCACGUGAGAGUGAUUGACCAAGACACUGCAGAGGUUUUGGAAACGGAGAGGUUUGAUACUCAUGAAUCUCACAAUGACAGCAAAAGACUUGAGGAUUUUCUAAAGACUCAACAUUUUGGUCGCAUUGUUGCUAUUGCUGUAGCAGACUCAGCUGCUAAAAAUCUACUAGAGGAAACCAAAAGAAUCAUUCAGGAUCUUCUGGGAAGUAAGCUCGUUAAAGGAUUGAGUUAUAGGCAAGCCUGGGCUUUAGUGAGUGUAAUUGGUGACGGAAAUUCAUCUUGUAAUGAAUCUGUGAGGGACUAUGAAAACCACAAUACCGGAGGACAGGCUCUUGCAGAGAAAGAAUUUUUCACAGUGGAUGGCCAGAAAUUUAUUGUGAGGGCUUUCAGUGAAUGGAUUGCUGGUGUUCCAAAAUGGGGUUUUCAGGUUAAAGCUGUGCAUGGAGUGAUAAUGGAUUUGUCAGAAGAUGUUAGCAGUUGGGAGCCUGGAGACCAGAUUGUUGUAGCAAGCACUGAUUACUCUAUGUAUCAAACAGAGGAAUUUACACUCCUUCCUUGCCCAGAAUGCAACAAAUACCAAGUCAAGGUGAAAGAAAUGCCUCAGUUCCUGCAUAUGGGAGAAAUCGUUGAUGGAGUGGAUAUGAGGGCAGAAGUUGGAAUUCUUACCAGAAACAUCAUAAUCACAGGAGAGAUGGAAGAUUCCUGCUAUACCGGCAAAGACUGCAGAUUCUUCAGUUUUGAUACUUUUGGUGGACAUAUCAAGAUUUUAAAGAAUUUCACAUCUGUUCAUCUCUCUCAUGUGGAGCUGAAGCAGAUGGGUCAACAAAUACCCGGCAGUUACCCCGUUCACUUUUACCUUUGUGGCGAUGUGGAUGAGAAAGGAGGAUAUACAUAUAGAACUUAUGUAGAAGGCCUCUCAAUUCAUCAUUGUUUCUCCAGAUGUGUGUCAAUUCAUGCCACAAAUGGUUUGCUGAUAAAAGACACUGUUGGAUACAAUACACUAGGCCAUUGUUUUUUCAUGGAGGAUGGUAUUGAGCAAAGGAAUAUAUUGUUUCAUAAUCUAGGACUUGUCACCAAACCAGGCACCCUUCUUCCAACAGACAGAAAUAGCACAAUGUGCACAGCAAUCAGGGAUCAUGUCUAUGGAAACUAUGAACCCGUACCAGCCACGGAUUGCAUGGCUGUAUCAACAUUUUGGAUUGCUCAUCCCAACAAUAAUCUUAUAAGCAAUGUAGCUGCUGGCUCACAGGAUGCUGGAAUAUGGUAUAUAUUUCAUAAAGUUCCUACAGGAGAUUCCCAUGGAUUGUUCCUUGAAACAAAAGCUGAACUUACCCCCCUAGGAAUUUUCUAUAACAACAAAGUCCACUCCAACUUUAAGGCUGGCUUAUUCAUUGAUAAAGGAGUAAAAAUCACCAAUGCAAGUGCUACAGAUAAAAGGGAAUACCUGUCUUUGGACACUAAUGCAAGGUUUCGUCCUCAUCAAGAUGCAAAUCCUGAGAAGCCCCGGGUUGCUGCUCUUAUAGAAAGACUAAUAGCUUAUAAAAACAAUGACCACGGGGCUUGGGUCAGAGGUGGAGACAUCAUCAUUCAGAACUCAGGAUUUGCUGACAAUGGAAUAGGCUUAACUUUUGCCAGUGAUGGAAGUUUUCCGAGUGAUGAAGGAUCCAGCCAAGAAGUCUCAAACUCUCUUUUUGUUGGUGAAAGUAAGAAUUAUGGCUAUUUAGGAGGCCAGAACAAAUACUGGGGGACUGGAGGAGUAAACAAUAAAACACGCACAUUACCUAGAAACCGGACUUACCCAAUCCGUGGAUUUCAAAUUUAUGAUGGACCUAUUCGCCUCACCAAAUGUACAUUCAAUAACUUUGUGCCAACUACUGAUAGAUUCACUAGUGCAAUUGGGUUCCCACUGAAAAACACCUGGCAAAUUACACCUCAAAACAAUAUUUCCCUGGUGGCAUUUGGUGAAAAUGUUUCUUUAAAAGUCUUCUUUGGAAAACCUGGCCCAUGGUUUGAAGAAGCUGAUCAGGAUGGUGACAAGAAUUCAAUAUUCCACGAUGUUGAUGGAUCGGUGACGGGUUUCAAGGACACUUACGUUGGUAGAAUGGAUAACUAUCUGAUUCGACAUCCAGACUGUUCUAACUUUAUCACAUGGAAUGGUGUAGUCUGCAGUGGAACUUUUGCUCAGGUAUACAUCCAGACCCGGAACCCACAGAAUCUAAUCAUGACUAUGGUACGAGACGAAUAUCCUUCCAACCCUAUGAUACUUCGAGGUAUUAAUAAUCAAAAAGCUGACUUCCAGCAAUACCAGCCAGUGGUAAUGCUUCAAAAGGGCUACACGAUACAUUGGAAUGGACAAUCCCCACAAAUAACUUUCUUAUACCUCAUUAAUUUCAACAAGAAUGACUGGAUCCGAGUUGGCCUCUGUUACCCACCAGAUGCCUCUUUUCAAGUAACCUUCGAUGUAUUCCAGAGACAGGCAUCUGCUUAUUAUAAUAUGGAGGAUUAUGUUGCCGUGUCUUCAAUGGCUGAGCUGCAGAAGAGACGAACAGAGAAAAUUUUUUAUUUUGAUGAUAGCACUGGGCUAUUGUUUCUGUUCCUGCAAGCCAAAUAUCACAGAGAAGGGCAUAGUUACUGUUCAUCUCAGGGAUGUGAAAGAGUCAAAAUACAGGCCAGCUUUCAGUCAAAAUCUUACAGUAACUGCUCAGCAAACGCUUAUCCAAAGUACUUCCAGAAACCAACAGCUGUGAAAAGAAUGCCCACAAAAAUAACUAACAUCUGUCUGAAAUGUGGCUCAGAUCAGGUGGUAUUUACCAGUGAUCCUCAUCAAACCUACAUCUUUGUGAAAAUCCAAACUUCAGAAUCACAAGAAUAUUCAAUAUCUGUCAAUGAUGUCAAGUUUCCACUGAAAAAGGUGGGCCUUCUUGCCCUAGUCAUUGAUGCCUGUUUGGGUAAAGUAACAAAAGAAACAUUUUUUCCUGAAGAGAAGACCAAGCUCAUAGAAAAUUAUAUAAAAACCGGAAUUCCCCAAAGGUCUGUAGUUGUGUUAACCAGCAGAGGGAACAUAACAAACCUUAACAUUUCUGAAGCCUUAACGACCCUGGGGGCAGCAAAACCACCAAAUCUUCACAAUGCAGAGACCAUUCGUUUUCUGGGAUUCAGAGGGAAUUUUAAGCCCUCUUGGGUCAAGUUCUUUACAGGUUCUGCCGAAGAGGACUUAGGUGUGAUUGAAAAGUACAUCCCUUUACAACUGGAGGAAUAUGGUUGCGCCAGAGUGAAUACAAGCAAACGGAAAGAUCUUGAACUCUUAAAGCAGGCUCUAAGAAUGCAGUAGGAAUUAAAAGUGCCUAGGAGUACUGAAGACAAUGUGAACUAAUUUAUUUAUUUGUUGGGAUUUUAAAAUAUAUUAUCCCACUUGCUGUUUUGAUCUGGAUAUAUGCCUAAACCAAAUGCUUGAAUGGCAGCCUGUGCACCUUUGGAUUGUACAAAAUAUUAAAGAAUAAAAAAGUAUUU